AUGUUCAAGACCAACAUGUGUCUAAAAUGGAACCGCGGAAAGUGCAAGGCAGGGGCAGAGUGCAACCAUGCCCACGGAGAGGAGGAGCUUCGUUUUUAUCGCUUCUUGGCAUACAGCAACGGAACGCGAGAUUUCCGUAGCGAGGCGGAAGUCGGUGCGCUACGAAGUGGCCGCGCGGCGGACGAGAAGGAAGGAUCGCCGUCACACUCCUCUGCGCAGGGGAAGGACGCGUAUGCGGGUGUUGCCCAGAAGGGAGCACAGCAUGCGUCGGAGAGUGUGGCGGGGAAUCAACAAUGUCGCCAGACGUGCGGCGCGAACGUGCGCCACGCCUCGGGCGCGGCCCGUGGCUCGUGGUCAGGCUCGAAGGGGGUCGCGGCGGUGAGCGGCCGGUUUUCUGGAAGUGCGUCUCCCACCACCACGGGGUGUAUGUCCAAGUCCCAGUCCGUCGCGUCCCUUUCAUUAUUCAAGAAGGAGGGCGAGGACUGGCGAAGAGAAGACGAAGGCACUGGGGUGUCCGUGUCGGGGGAGUCGAGUGGCAGCGUGUUGGACGAGGCGGAGCAGCAGCGCAGGCAUUUGUACGAGGAACUUCUGGCUCGCGAACAGGAGCAGCGACGAAGGGAACAGGCGAGUCAGGAGGAGUACCUCCGCCUGCUCCUGACUCUCGCGGCCUACGCGCCCGAUCUGUUCCGGUCGUUGUUUCUCUCUCCGAAUUCACCCGGACUUGAAUCGGAGAUGAUCCUGAACCCGUCCCAGCGGUGUCCGUUGAACGUCCAGGCGAAGCGGCCGUCGCACAGUGCAGACGCCUCGUUUGCGGUCGGCGACGCGGGCGAAGGGGAGGAGAAAGGUGCGAAAGGGGAGGACGCCGCGUCUUCGUGGCGAAAUUUCCUUGCGGUCCUCAAGCCUGACGCUCCAUUCCAGGCAACUCCCGAGCAGUCAGUCGACAACUCAGUGCUUACCGCAGCUCUCGCCGCAGCCGUCCAGUCGAAGCAAAAGCCGAAGGAGGCGUCGCGUCCCGAGGAGCGGCCCGCAAGGGCCGAAGUGGAGAGUCUCAUGGGUCCGUCCCUCUUUUCAGGCGCGGUUCCGCAGUCUGUCGACGAUUCCCUGACGCCGCGCCUGGAGGUGCCGCUGCACUUCCCACUGGGGGGUCGGGUGUCGACGCCAGCUUGCCGCUGUGCCGGGAGUGGGACGCCAGAUUCGUUUUCGACGUGCGCCGGAGGCGAAGACUGUGUCGAGCGGUUGACGAACUGUUUGCAGUUUGCGGCGUCGGACGACAAGGAACAGGGCACCGGCACCAGUCUGCCGCCGUCUCCGCUUCUCUUUGGAUCUCAGUCGCCCGCGAUCUCGUACGAGUCGGUCGAGAACGCGUCGUUCAUGUCGACUCCACCCCUCCAAGGCGGAGGUCUCCCCUUUUCUGCUGCGAGCUGGGAGCAGAGGCGGAGGGGGACACAGGUCGACGGCGCAGUGGGGCCGAACGCGCUGUUCGAUACCGUCGCGCUGCGCGCUCGUGAAGAGAACCUGUGCAGAGGGGACGGAGUCGCGGCUCAAAAGGAGGGCCCGUUUGGUCCCGUGCAGAGUCUGUUUGCGGAUCAGGAGUCGAUGACCUUUUACUCGGACCCGUGGCGCGCGAACGAGGAGCGCACCGCUCGCGACGCGUCAUCGCUCCUCCAGGCGUUCAAGCCUGGAGACACCGAGCUCCGCGACAACCACUGGAACGGACAGGCAGUCGAGUUGAUUUUCGCCCAAAAGACUGCGGCACGGGCUGCCCAGCGCAGGGAAGAUAAAGGAGUCGAGCACGGACAACCGCCGGCGUCGGGCGCGACGCUCCAAGAUGCGCUCGCUCUCCUCCAGAGCUUGGGUCUGAUUGCCGACUCUCCUAAGCAGAGGUGCUCUGCGGGAGCCGCUGAGACCCACGCCCGGGGCUAG